CGUAACCCCGCCUACCAGGGAAACGCGCCCGAACGCCAGCUGCGCCUACGCCGGCAUGAAGCCUCCACAGCGGCGUCGAGCGGCCCCGGCGCGCUAUCUGGGCGAGACGACCGGACCCGCGGCUUGGAGUGCCCGCGAGAAGCGGCAGCUCCUACGACUACUGCAGGCGCGGCAGGGCCAGCCGGAGCCGGACGCCGCAGAGCUGGCCCGAGAGCUGCCGGGCCGCAGCGAGGCCGAGAUCCGGGACUUCUUGCGGCAGCUCAAGGGCCGCGUGGUCCGGGAGGCCAUUCAGAGGGUGCACCCGGGUGGCACGCAGGGUCCAAGGCGCCGGGAAACACAGACCCCGGCCCCCAUCGAGGUAUGGAUGGAUCUGGCUGAGAAGCUAACAGGCCCGCUGGAAGAAGCUCUGACUGUGGCCUUCUCACAGGUGCUCACCAUCGCAGCCACAGAGCCCGUCAGCCUCCUGCACUCCAAGCCCCCCAAGCCCACACAGGCGCGUGGGAGGCAACUGCUGCUCAGCGCCCCUGGAGGGCUGGAGUACUCGAGCCCGAGCCCGGAGACUCUUGGUCCCACCCCCAAGGCGAAUGGCCCCGCCCCUGAGGUCUCUGGUCCCGACCCCCAGACGAGUGACCCCGCCCCUGAGGCACCUUCCGAAUCCCUGGCCCAGCCCUCGGCUGAAGGAGACUUCUCCGUGGACUUUGAGAAGAUCUACAAGUACCUGUCCUCCAUCUCCCGCAGUUGCCAGGGCCCUGAACUUUCUGCAGCCGAGUCAGCCGUGGUCCUUGACCUGCUCCUGGCCCUUCCGGAGGAGCUGACCCGCCUGCCCUGUGCCGCCCUGGUUAAACAUAUGUCAGAUGUUUACGCGCGCCUGACGGCCCCCCAGCCAGACCCCCAGCCAGACCCAGCUGGUGAGAGCCUGGGGCCCGGAGCUGAGAAUGGUGGGGCAAGUCUCCAGGGGCAGGAGGAGGCCAGCCAGGCCAGGCCCCGGGCCCCUGAGAAUGCUGGGCCCAGUGAACCAAGAUCUGCUUGGCAAGCAGCUGGGGUCUGCCCCCUGAACCCGUUCCUGGUGCCCCUGGAAUUUCUGGGCCAGGCAGCCAGCCUUGCAAGGUGAAAGGACACACCAGACGUCUGCGAGCCCCCAGCCCUCAGUCCUGCCUAGGCUGGCACUGGGUUGUCAUGAGUCGUGGUGGAAGGUACCAGACACGGUGGACGUUCUGGGGGGGCUUUUAAGAUGGACUGAUCCGGUGGGGCUUUCCGCAGCCACAGACUGAGGUGGGGGCGGCCAGGCAGGCUUGGCUAAAGCCAGUGUCACAUCCAACACCCCCCCCCCCCCAGCUCCUGUCUCUCCUGACAUCCUGUAACCUAUGUUCUGUAACUGUGAGUAAAGUUCUUGUCAACCUGC